AUGCAUCUAUCUUCUCUCAUUUGCAUGAUCCUCCACCAGAAUGGUCUGAAUGCCCUCCACCUCGCCGCCAAGGAGGGCCAUGUCGAGGUGGUACGAGAACUGCUCGCUCGCGGCGCCAUCGUCGACGCGGCGACGAAAAAGGGAAACACCGCCCUGCACAUAGCUAGUUUGGCGGGUCAUUUCGAUGUGGUUAAAAUGCUUGUGGAGCGCACAGCAAAUGUCAAUGCACAAUCGCAGGUAACAUGA